CCCCGCUUCUGGAAGGACAAAUGAUAGGAAAGAGGUCAAUGACCCUUGCUGCCCUCCGCCUCGCGUGAGCUUUAUCAUCCCAGAUAGUCCCUGGCUGGAGGGAGACUGGCCAUCAUGUCCACACUUGGGGCCUUCCUGAUGCUCUGGGGUCUCUCACUGGGCCCAGCGACUGAGGCGGCAGUAGUAUUUGAUCCCACGCCAGACCUGUGGGCAGAGGCUGAAUCGCUGCUGAAGCCCUGGGCUGGCUUGACGCUGGUGUGCCAGGCCCGCCUGAAGACCCUGGAUUUUGAGCUGCUCAAAGAUGGGGUAACCCAGGAACUUGUGCACCUCGACUUACCUGCCAUGGAGCACCGGUUCCCACUAGGAGCAGUGACGAGUGACACCCGGGGCCUCUACCGCUGCCGUUCUGGCUUGGAGAGCGGAUGGACCCAGUUGAGCAACCUCCUGGAGGUGACCGGAGCAGAGUCCCUAUCCCCACCUUUGCUCUCACCUGAGCCGGUGUCCUGGAUCACACGGGGUCUGAAGACAAAACUGGUGUGCCGUGGGGGAUUUCGUGGUGUGACCUUCCUGCUGAGGCGGGAAGGCGAUGAUCAGUUUUUGGAAGUGGCUGAGGCCCCGAAAGACAUAGAGACCACCUUCACAGUCCUGCACCCAGGCAACUACAGCUGCAGCUACAGGACCCACGAAGCAGGCACACCCUCUGAGCCCAGUGCCACUGUGACAGUUGAGGAGCUGGAAGCACCAUUGCCACCCACGCUGAGUUUCCAGGGACAGUCUGCAGCUGUCCUGCACAGGGGAGCCGGCGUGACCCUCCUCUGCGUGGCUCCCCUGAGCGGCGUGGAAUUCCAGCUGCGGCAGGGCGAGAAGGAGCUGCUGGUACCCAGGGGCUCCACCAGCCCAGACCGCGUCUUCUUUCAAGUGAACCCGGUGGCUCUCGGGAAUGGAGGUCUCUACACCUGCCGCUAUAGGCUGCGUGGCGAGCAAAUCUGGUCCCCGGACAGUGCGCCCGUGGAGCUGCUGCUGAGCGAUGAGACGCUCCCAGCGCCGGAGCUCUCGGCCGAGCCCGCGAUGCUGCACCCCGCGCCCGGCGCCCUCGUGCAGCUGCGGUGCCGGGCGCCCCGGGCUGGCCUGCGCUUCGCCCUGAUGCGCGAGGAUGCCAAGCGCCGAGUGUACCGUAUUCUGAGCCCCGCGGGGACAGAGGCCACCUUCGAGCUGCGGGACGUCUCGGUGGUGGACUCUGCCAACUACAGCUGCGUCUACGUGGACACGGCUCCACCCUUCGAGGGCUCAGCGCCCAGUGCGCACCUGGAGCUGCGUGUAGCCGGAACCCCUCUCAGACCACAGCUCCGGCCCCUGUGGAGUGGGGCAGUGGUUCCAGGCCGUGAUGCCAUCCUGCGCUGCGAGGGCCAGUUGCCUGAGGUCACCUUCGAGCUGCUUCGGGCAGGCGAAGAGGAGCCUAUAGCCAGACUCUGGUCCAGCCACCCUUCAGCAGACCUUGUAGUGACCUAUGUGGGGCCGAAGCACGCGGCCAACUACAGCUGCCGCUACCGGUGGUGGUCGCCCAAACCCUUUGUGUCUAAGCUCAGUGACCCAGUGGAGCUCCAGGUGGCAGGAAGUUGAUCCAGCUGCAGACUCACGCUGCUAAUGGUAUCUUUGGCAAGUAGUUUCUCCAGUCUGGAAUUGAUGCCUCACACCGCAGCUAGAGGCUGGACUCACCUGGAAGUGGUGGACUGACCCUCAUUCCUCCUGGAAAUCAAUAAAAAUGUGGAGAGUUUAAAAGGUGUCCUUGGCUAUGGCAGCCCUGGUGCAAGGGGCCAUACUUCCAGGGAUGAGGGAAGUGGUCUGGGAUCUUGUGUCCUAAAGGUAGAUGGGCUCUGGGUUGGAUCCUGAGGAUAUAGGGGCCAUGGACUGGCUACUUGGGGCCACAUUUGUCAAGAUUACCUUUUGCUUUCUUCAAGCGGCCUCCUACUCCGCAGGCACAUCGGCCUGGUCCCUAGUAGGUCUGGGUAGGGAGCUCCCCAGAAAAACCCAACCCUACCUUGACCAAAUUGGUCCCCACACUGGGAGGGACUUCAGAAAGGCUACAUUUUGUAGUUCUCUUUUUUGGACUGAGUGGCCACCAGCUGAUGGUGCUGGAGUAUGUGCCCAAAGGCUAGGUCUCUCACACUGAGAUUGAAACCGUUGUAGGGCUGCGACUCCUCUUUAUUCUUUCCAUGUCCCCUCAGACCUAUCUAAGGUCCUUUGCCUGACCCAGUACCCCUCUGGACAUUUAAUUGCCCAGUCCACUUAGAGCUUGGCCCUCAAGGUACAGGCAUACCAGAAGCUUUGUAUCAGCAUUCUCAACUAAUACUUGGUAAGUUUUGUUUAAAGAACUUGCCUAUUUCAGCUGAGUGGUCUGAUUUCCUGGUAUAGAGUUAGUCACAAAAUUCCUGUAUUAGUUUAAUACCUAGAGUCUGUAAUGAUGUCACCUCUUUUAUGUUUGAUAUUGUGUCCCUUCUUACACCCCCCAAUAUCUCCCUCUGUCAGUCUAGCUAGGGAUUUAUCAAUUGUAUUAAUCUUUUCAAAGAACUAAUUAAUUUUUGGAUUUGUUCAU